AUGUCCUCCCGUCUGCUACACCCGGACGAGUACGAGCUUCGUUCGCGGUCCUCAUCAGUCGAUUCCGACGGCACCUUCGACCUCGACGAAGCCGAUUUUGAAUCCCAGAUCCCUUCCACCUCAAGAUUGCGCUCGCGCAGAUCCUGGCUGCCCAGGAUCUUCCAGAACAUCUCCGGAUACCGUCGUUUAAAGACGAACUCGAGACCACUGCUUACGAGCUCGUCAGGCUCAAAUUGUCUCCGUCGCUUCAUCUUCCGUCGUCGAUGUUGCUAUCUUCAUGUCGUGUUUGGCAUUGUUUUCGCCCUUGUCCUCUUGACAUCUAUCUUUCGACCAUCCUAUACCCGUCCUCCGGCGCAUUACACAACACUGCGUCGCUCCGCGUUGGACACGAGCUCUGCCGGGCGAGGAAACCCUCGCAAUGAGAAGGUCUUCAUAGCAGCGAGUCUGUAUGACCGUGGUGGUGAGCUCGCCGGAGGUCAAUGGGGCACACAACUAUUACAGCUGAUUGAUCUACUGGGAGAUCAAAAUGUCUUCGUCAGCAUCUAUGAGAAUGACAGUGGAGAGAAGGGCCAAGCCGCCUUACGAGAAUUGGAGCAGCAGAUUGGAUCUCCCAAGGCUAUUGUGUUUGAGGAGCACCUAGACUUCAAGACUGUGCCGUCGGUAAUGAUACCAGGUGGAGAAAAACGGGUCAAGCGCAUCGAAUAUCUCGCUCAGGUCCGGAACAAGGCAUUGAAACCACUUGAAGACAACCCGGACACGAGGUACGAUAAGUUACUUUACUUGAAUGACAUACUAUUCGACCCGAUCGACGCAGUGCAGCUACUCUUCUCGACGAACGCCAAUGCAGACGGCGUUCCUCAAUACCGGGCUGCAUGUGCUGUCGACUUCGACAACCCUUUCAAAUUCUAUGACACCUACGCCACCCGCGAUCUUCAGGGAUACAGCAUGGGGCUUCCCUUCUUCCCUUGGUUCUCAGCAGCCGGUGACGGGGCAAGUCGCCGUGAUGUUCUCGCUGGGAGUGAUGCCGUUCGAGUACGCAGCUGUUGGGGCGGUAUGGUUGCAUUUGAUGCCAAGUACCUACAGACUCCACCCCCAACCAGCACUACCCCAGUCCGCUUCCGCUCCGGAAAAGACCUCUUCUGGGAAGCCUCUGAAUGCUGCCUCAUCCAUGCUGAUAUUCAAGAUCCACAAACCAACGUCGACGACAUCACCGACACCGGUAUCUACAUGAACCCUUACGUUCGUGUUGCAUACGAUCGUCGUACAUUAUCUUGGUUGGGAAUCACUCGUCGCUUUGAGAAACUUUACUCCUUCCUCCAUAACUUGGGCAACCACCUUGUUGGUCUGCCCUGGUAUAACCCUCGCCGUACCGAAGUCCCUGGACAAAGUGUACAGGAAACAGUCUGGAUACCCGACGCCGUCCAAGAUGGAGGUGGAUCCUUCCAGACCGUCGAUCGAGUAGCCGGAAAUGACGGCUAUUGUGGACGUCGGGGUCUUCAGGUUAUUGUUGAGGAUCGACAGCCUGGACAAAAGGGCUUUGAGAAUAUCCCCGUUCCAUCGUGA